AGAGGGACUUUAUAAGGCGGGACCAAACACUCCGUCUUAUAUGUGUCGACCAAUGAGGUGACGGUAACGCUCAUCCGUCAUAGUGUAUGACCAAUCGGAUGGAGGAAGAGUAAUGCGAGUACCGCCUAUGUGGUGCACUGACGGUUAUUUAUUUUGCUGCUAAUUUUGGAUAACCAUCUGGAUAAAUAGCGAUGUUUUUGACUCUCGUAUUUUUUCCUACGAAUUAUGAAGGACGAACACGUUUGUUAAGAGGGGAUAUUAUUUGUUGGACAUUGUAAGUGCUCCCAGUCUAUUGGAAGAAUGGAUACUCUUAUUCCCACCAUCAACCGGCUGCAGGAGGUCUUUCUCACAGUGGGUGCUGAUGUCAUCCAGCUCCCUCAGAUAGUCGUGGUUGGAUCUCAGAGCAGUGGAAAGAGCUCUGUGUUGGAGAGCCUGGUUGGACGGGACUUCUUGCCUCGGGGAUCCGGAAUAGUCACAAGACGACCCCUCGUGUUGCAACUUGUUCAUGUUGUCCCUCUGCAGGACAGACUGAAGACCGAGAAUGGAAAUGGGGUUAACCAAAAUGCCCAUAUCAACUACCCAGGUGUCAAAGCUGAAGAAUGGGGUACAUUCCUGCACUGCAAGAACCAGAUCUUCGCAGAUUUUCAGGAAAUUCGCCAGGAAAUUAUAACAGAGACUGAGCGCACUUCAGGUGACAACAAGGGAAUCAGUCCUGAGCCCAUAUAUUUGAAGAUUUUCUCCCCCAAAGUCCUUAAUCUCACUCUGGUUGAUUUACCUGGAAUUACGAAGGUUCCUGUUGGGGAACAGCCAGAGGAUAUUGAGGCACAAGUGCAAGAGAUGAUCCUGUCCUUCAUCUCCAAUCCAAACUGCCUAAUACUCGCAGUGUCCCCCGCCAAUUCUGACUUGGCCACCUCUGAUGCUCUGAAAUUGGCUCGCGAUGUUGAUCCAGAUGGUCGUCGAACACUGCUGGUGGUCAGUAAGCUGGACCUGAUGGAUGCAGGCACUGAUGCUCUGGAGGUCCUUCUUGGUCGAGUCAUUCCUGUCAAACUUGGCAUUAUCGGGGUGGUUAACAGGAGCCAGCAUGACAUCAAUACCCAUAAGAGCCUGGAGGACUCAAUGAGGGAUGAGCAGGCCUUCCUGCAGCGUCACUACCCCUCGCUGGCCUCCCGAGCUAGCUCACGCUACCUGGCCAAAACUCUCAGCAGGCUGCUCAUGCACCACAUACGGGACUGUCUGCCACAGCUCAAAACUCGAGUGACCGUGCUCAGUGCCCAGUAUCAGGCACGGCUCAAGGGCUAUGGCCAGCCAGUUGAAGACCAAAGCGCCACCCUGCUUCAGAUCGUCACCAAGUUCGCCAGCGACUACUGCCACACCAUCGAGGGAACGGCCAGAUACAUCCAAACCUCAGAGCUCUGCGGGGGAGCUCGGAUCUGUUACAUAUUCCAUGAGACCUUUGGGCGCACUUUGCAGUCCAUCGACCCCCUGGGAGGACUGAGUGAGCUUGAUAUCCUCACUGCCAUCCGCAAUGCUACGGGUCCGAGGCCAGCACUUUUUGUGCCCGAGGUGUCUUUUGAGUUGUUGGUGAAGCGUCAAAUUAAGCGGCUGGAGGAGCCCAGUUUGCGCUGCGUAGAGCUGGUUCAUGAAGAGCUGCAGAGGAUCAUCCAGCACUGCUCAUCCUAUAGCACACAGGAGCUUCUGCGAUUCCCCAAACUGCACGAUUCCAUCGUGGAGGUCGUGACUGGAUUACUGAGGAAGCGCUUGCCGAUUACUAAUGACAUGGUGCACAAUUUAGUAUCAAUAGAGCUUGCCUACAUCAACACAAAACAUCCAGACUUCAUGGAUGCAGCGCAGGUCUCUGCAUCUGUCAACAGUCAGCAGGCGGAGGCCACUGAUGGAGGAAAGCGCUGGAAGAACGAGAAAGUUGCGGAAGACAGAAUCCCGGCUGCAGGCUUUGGCAGUCCAAGCAAAGGCCAGGCCAUUAACUUCCUUGACACAGCGGUGCCCGCAUCCCGGAAGCUGAGUGCGAAGGAGCAGAGGGACUGUGAGGUUAUCCAGCGUCUCAUCAACUCCUACUUCCUCAUUGUCCGCCAAAGCAUCCAGGACAGCGUGCCCAAGACAGUGAUGCACUUCCUGGUGAACUUUGUGAAAGAGCAUCUGCAGAGUGAGCUGGUGGGUCAGCUUUACAAACAGCCACUGCUGCAGGAGCUGCUCAUUGAGUCACAGGACACGGCACAGCAGCGGACCGAGGUUGCUCAAAUGCUGGAGGCACUCAAAAAAGCCAAUAACAUCAUCUCUGAGAUCCGGGAGACCCAUCUGUGGUAGCGAGCGGAAACAAACAAUUCCCUUGUGAUAGGACAGCUUUGAGAGUGAGAGUGUAUGUGAGUUUACAGAACAGAGAGAGAGAGAGAGUGCGUGAGCAUGUGUGUGUUUGUCUGUGUGGCAGCACCACUGUGUUCUCAUGGACCAACGACCAUAGCACAUUUAGAUCUACUUUUUCCCGUCAGCUGUCACUCUGACCAGUACCACUGGGGCUGUUGCUUUUCACUGUGAACGCUGUGUAGCGAAGCAAAUUGAUUAAUCACUCAGGCCGAAAGAGUUACUGCAAAGUUGAAAUAUCAAAGACACAGCUGCGAACAAAUUUAUUUUCAUUCUUUUUCAUUUUGUGACAAAGUGUUUGUUGGGUCAUAAGGUUAUUGCUGUAAAUGUAAAAUGUAGAUGAUAUGUGGAGUAUCUAACUGUUCUAAUGGGUGUUUUUGCAGGAGGGGUCAAAAUAUGUCCACAGUGUACAAUUUACACUUUCCAAAAGAAAGUGGGCUUCCUCUGAGCCCCUUUAGCGGUGCUGAAACUUUGUUAGAUUGGUUGUGUUCCAACUUUAAUCCCCUUUUGUUGGAGCGAGCACUACCCAGAGAUGGAAAACAAGUGUAAAUCCAACUCAAUCAAUGCUGACUGCAAUAUAACACUGAAGACCGAGCACGGUUAAGUUGCAGAAAUUAAAGGAUGAAUGCACAUUGUUUUUCCAGCUCUGUAGUGCUAAUCAAUAUCAGGUUUAUUUUCCAGAGACAAAAUGACAUAUCUGCCUAUUUAUACUGUUAACUGUUGCACUGACUUUUAAGUUUCGUGUGUAGUCAUACAUACCGUUUCCUCUGUGUAUAGGUUUGUAAGGAAACGAGUUGGACAGCUCGAGUAUGUAGCGUAUAUUUUGUAUAGUAUUAAGAAAAAAGACCAUUUUAAAUGAAUACUCAGAGAGAGAAUAGUCAGGAGAAUAUGUUACAUGGGUAUGGUACUUCAUCAUUCGUUAGAUUUUAGACCCAGAUGGUACGACGGUAAUGUUCUGUAGUUUCUCUUUAUUCGCUCGAGCCAUUUGUUCGCUGGUUUCUGCUGUUAAUGACACGGAGAGAUAAGAUAGUCCCCAAUUACUGUCCCUGCCCAGUAGUAAGGACACUGCUCAAGUGCAAGAGACUGGAUGUGAAGAUACUUCCUGCAUGCAGAGCCAUUUGCUUCUGUGCCAAUUAUAAUUUCAUUGUGUAAUAUAUUGAUGUGUGAAAUUAUUCAUCUUAUUCCAUCUGUUCUCAACUUAGGUUGUUCUCGCUCAAGUGCAAUAGUGAUUAAUGCGAAUCUCCUCUCAUAGCCAAAACAAAUAGUUAUCCUAAAAAUGAGGCUUUUUCAGGAAGACCUGCCUUAACGGGGACCAUCAAACAGUAACUCUUGUGACUUCUUCUGUGUGAUCAGGGAACAAAUACAACAUCCUGUCACUCUGUCUUUCUGAAAGCCCUGUGUACGUUUGCAUGUGUGUGUUCAGUGUGCAUGUGAGGAUGUACGAAAGGCUAAUUUAUGUAUAUUUUGUAUUUAAAUGAAAAUGAUUAUUAUUAUUUAUGUGUUCACUUCCUAUGAGUUCUUGUCUGCCAAUAUGUGUGAUACAUGUUUACUGAAUGAACUCUGUUGAGAUUGGAGGAACUCAUUAAACCCUAACAAAGGACA